AUGGAGAUAAAGUAUAAUAGAGCCGAUAAUGAGAAUAAUGAGAAUAAUGUGAAUCAAGAAUUCUGGGUACUUUCAGGAAAAUCAAAGUUCAUUUUAUGCAAACAGGAAAAUCAAACUAUGUAG